CAACAACUGUAUUCUAUCAAUCUUUUUCACGGCAUGUGAGCAGAAGAGUUCGCAGGUUUCCUGAUUCAGCGCUGAUUAUCGUAGCUUAUUUGAAGUGCCCUAGUCAUCUCGAUCAGGAAAAAGUGAAACUUGAAGGAAAUGGCAUCAGCAGCAGUUGCUUCUCAUGAGAAGGAUGUGUUGAAGAAGGGAGUGCAGGAGUCACAGCAGCAGAUCAGAAGGAUCCGCAUCACGCUCACCUCCAGCAAUGUCCGCAGUUUAGAGAAAGUUUGCUCAGAUCUGGUGCGCGGUGCUAAGGAGAAGCACCUCAGGGUGCACGGUCCUAUGCGCAUGCCUACCAAGACCCUGCGCAUCACCACAAGGAAAACCCCGUGUGGUGAAGGCUCCAAGACCUGGGACAGGUACCAGAUGCGCAUCCACAAGAGAGUGAUCGACCUCCACUCCCCUUCUGAAGUGGUCAGGCAGAUUACCAGCAUCAGCAUCGAGCCUGACGUUGAUGUCGAGGUCACCAUUGCCGAGUAAUUCUCGCUCAGUAAAUGGUUAACGAAA